UGGCUGUUUAAUGAGAGGAUGGGUCAAAUGCUAAGGCGAGUUCAGGAACUUGAAAAAGAAGUUGGCUCUAAGAAUCACAUUUCUAAUUCGCAUGUCUCAAUUUGCAAAAAAUUUCCCGAUUUGACUCAGCUGCCUCCAGAAAUAAGUUUACUGGUUCUCUCAAAUCUUAAUGCCACUGAUCUCUGCUUGGCUGCAUGUGUUUGGCAGGAUCUUGGAAAUGAUGAAAUUCUAUGGCACAGUCUAUGCAGGAAUCAGUGGCAGAUGGUGUCAGCCUACAAAAAGGUGAUGGACGGAACAUUUUCAUACAAAAAGCUGUACAUGCAGUUAGAUGAAGCCACACUGACAUUUAAUGCUGAUCCCAAUCUUGGUAUAGAGUACUUACUAAAAAACAAAUUGGUCGAUGAUGAUCCGUAUGAGAUUGCUUGCUACCUACAUACCUGCAGAAAUAUUGAUAUUGAAAAGAAAAGAUUAUAUGUAUCAAAACGGCCAGAUGUCUUAGAUGAGAUCAUGAAGCUGCAGAACUUUGAAAACCAGUUCCUACCGAAUGCACUUCGAAGAUUCUUCAGAGAGACAGCAACACCUGGUGAGAGGAAUGAUUACCUCAGCAUGCUUGUCAAGAAGUUUGUUCAGAGGUUCUGCGUUUGCAAUCCUCAGCUGCAGCUAUCACAGGAUACGCUGUACGUGGUUUGUUUCUCCCUGAUCAUGUUAUCAGUCGACCUCACCAGUCCCCAAAUAAAAAACAAAAUGUCCAAACGGGAAUUCAUUCGCAAUGUCAGACGAGCCGUGAUGAAUGGAGUGGACGACGAGUUUGUGGGCCACCUUUAUGACAAUGUCUAUCUCGUUGGUCACGUUGCUCCUAAGGCUUCUUAGAAAAGUUGCAAAAGUGUGAUUAUUUGUUUCUACAGAGACCAGGGAGAAGUUAAUGAGAAGAAAAUUGUUGUUUCUUGAAUGCGAGAAUAUUUCAUAUUUAUAAUGUGCUUCGAUGGGUUUCAUAUGACGAGCACAAUUAAAGUUUCAUAUUUUAGUUAGUUGAUGAGACCUGACUUGUUGUGAAAGACCAAUGAAACAUUGUUGUGAAUAUUAAUUAGCCUAACUAACGUCAUCAUUUGUACACUUUUCUAAUUUUUUACCUUUAAAAUAUCAUCUAUGCAUUAUAUCAUUGUAUCAUAUUUAAAUAACAUACUAGCUAGGUGUGAAUAAUAUUUGAAUUGUAUUUGAUAUUUUUUUUAACGAAAUUCACUGACAUGUUAAUAAUGCUUGAUCUCACAUUGCACAUGUACAUACAUAGUUUUAAUAAUAAUUUUCACUCGUUUC